AUGGGCUCCAACCGGCUGUGCGUGCCGACGGCCGGCGCUUACUGGCUGGAGCCGCGCGGCUGCCACACCUUCGCCGAGGCUCGGGUGCUCACGUUCCAGCCGCAGUCGGACACGCUGCUGUUCACGCCCACGUACCACCAGAUCACGGCCGGCGAGGACUGCCUGCCGGACGCCGUCGCCUUCCAGGCGCGCCGCGGCGCCUUCAUCACGAUCGGACCCCUCCACCCGGAGCGCCAGUACCAGGUGACGGCCGAGAAGGAGGGCUACGUCAUCAGCCACACCGAGCGGCACGGCCACUUCCGCGCGCGCAAGCUGGCCGAGCUGCGCGUGCGCGUGACGGACGAGCAGGGCGGCCCGCUGGGCGGCGUGCUGGUGUCCGUGUCCGGCGGCAAGGACUACCGGCGCAACAGUCUGACCGACGAGGACGGCAGACAGGCAUUCCUGUCGCUCAGCCCUGGCCAGUACUUCAUCCGGCCCAUGAUGAAGGAGUACGAGUUCACGCCGCCGUCCAAAUGGUGA